CAUUGCGCCUAUUCGUUCUAUUGUUAUCAAAUAAGAUUUCAACGGUCUUAAAACGCACGCGCCGGUUUUUUGUUACCGUUUAUUUGUUAGUCGAAUUUUAACGUAAUUUAUUAAAGUUUUUCAAAUCAACUAGUGCUAUAGAAAAAAAUAAAAAAUUAAAAUGUUCAAAUCAACUAAGAAAACCAAAGACCCUACGCGAAAAGGCGAUCCGAAGGAAAAUAAGGUAAGUGAAAAAGUUAUUAUUAAAGAAAGCAGUUCGGUAGACGUGGAGCCCAAACAGUUGUUCAGCGCUAAGGUAUCAAACGAGCAACCCAUCAAUUUGAGCGGCAAAGGGCGCAAUUCGACGCCACAGGCUUCAAAAAAAAUAUUAGUCAAAGGGACCGUCUCGAGUCAACAAUCCGAAGCCGUGUCUUCUUCUUCUAUCGAAAGAUCUUCGAGUUCGUCGUCAGUGUCAAAGACAACCGUUGGGAAAACCAUCAAAACCACAACGACGGUCGAUCGAGACGGCAAAGUUCAUACCACAGUCGAGACAGUGGACGAUAUUCCACAGACGGUAACUAAAGUAUCGUCGACCGAAUCAAAGAAAGCAGAUUCCUCAUCCGGACAUGCGACCAAUUUAAAACAAUCAUCAUUCGGGGCUAGCGUCCAGUUGAAUCAAGACUUUGGCAAAUCCCUAGUUUCGUCUACGCCAAAAAAUGUUACCACCCGUUCAUCUCAAAAUGUAUAUGAAAGUAAACAAGGGUCUUCUAUAGUCGGCGAAUCGGGUUUUUCUAAAACACAGAAUUUGGCCAUCCAAGAAAACAACGAUAACGAUUUUACCGUAAAGCUAGUUAGCGGAAAACUAGUAAAAUCUGACAACAGUUCGUCGGCAGACAUUAAAGGUGCAAAAGACUCCAAGACUUUUGAUAAGUCAAAGAAUAUAUCUUUAAAUGUUGUAAACGAGCCGAUAAUCCAGAAAAAACUAGUGUCUCAACUUCAAGAAAGUGAACAAAUUGACAAAAGUCAACAAAAUAUUCAAAGUAAUAUAAACAAGUCACAAGAAAACUCUUCAAUUAGUUCAAAUGUUUUAUACACAUCUGAUAAUUUAAAUUCUUUGAAUCGCGGACUGAACGAACAAAACAUUUACGACGAUUCUAAUAAGACAUCAGAUUCAACCAGAAGUAAAUCGAAAACUACAUCUGUAGUGACUAAAAAUGAUAUGCCAUCUACGUUGAAUGCGUCUAAAGAAAGUGAUGUCAGUUCCAGCUUUAUAACUAGCGAACAGUCAUCAUUCAUAACUUUGACAGGGGGGACCGACCAACCAAACUCCUUAACAUCUAAGAUAUCGCAGUCUAUCUACAACAAGUUCUCUGACAAAAAUAACGAGCCAUCAACAACAAAACAUACAACUGAAAAAACAAAAUCUACAACCACUGAAAGCGUUGACGAGAAAGGAUUAUCUGUGCGCAUGGUCGGAGGAAAACUGAUAAAAUCUUUUAAAGAACCAACACACCAAAAAACGACAACAUCUAAAUUUAAUGUUAAUGAUUUAAGUUCUUCCAAUAAUGUAAAAUCCGAUCAGUCGAACUCUUUGACGUCCAAAACCUCACAGAUUUUUACAGACAAGCAGGACAGAUCACUAACAGAAAAGCAACAAAAGGAUACGAUUGAAAAUUUAAAAUCUACCACUACUGAAAGCGCAGAUGAGGAAGGGUUGUCUGUCCGCAUGAUUGGAGGAAAAAUGAUUAAGUCUUUUAAAGAACCAACACCCCAAAAAAUGUCAUCUUCCAAACUGAAUGAUAGUGGUAUAACUUCUAGUAAUAUAAGUUCUAGUUAUGCAACCGAAGCCCAGUCAUCUUUUUCAAGUUCAAGAGGCGGUAGCGAUCAACCGAAUUUGUUAACUUCUCAUACAUCUCAAUCUGCAUAUAAGAUAUCAUCAGGUAAACCAGAUGAACCGUUUAUAAAUAAGCAAACAAAGGACACUAUCGAAAAAUCAAACACUUCAACCAUCGAAAACUUGGACGAAGAAGGAUUAUCUGUGCGCAUGGUCGGGGGAAAACUGAUAAAAUCGUUUAAGGAACCAACAUCCCAAAAAACAACGACAUCCAAAUUAAAUGUUGGCGAUUUAAGCUCUUCCAUUAAUAUAAAGUCCAGCGACGUUAAUUCUAGUUUUAUAACUAGUGAACAAUCGUCUUUCUCGAGCUCGUUUGACUCAACCGAUCAGUCAAAUUCGUUGACGUACAAAACCUCACAGAUUUUUACAGACAAGCAGGACAGAUCACCAACAAAAAAGCAACAUAAGGAUACAAUUAAAAGUUUAAAAUCUACCACUGCUGAAAGCGCAGAUGUAGAAGGGUUGUCUGUCCGCAUGAUUGGAGGAAAAAUGAUAAAGUCUUCUAAAGAACCGACGCCGCAAAAACUGUCACCUUCCAAACUAAAUGAUAGUGGUAUAAGUUCUAGUUAUGCCACCGAAGCCCAGUCAUCUUUUUCAAGUUCAACAGGCGAAAGCGAUCAAUCGAAUUUGUUAACUUCUCAUACAUCUCAAUCUACAUAUAAGAUAUCAUCAAGUAAACAGGAUGAACCGUUUAUUAAUAAGCAAACAAAGGACACUAUCGAAAAGUCAAAAACUUCAACCAUCGAAAGCGUGGACGAAGAAGGAUUAUCUGUGCGCAUGGUUGGGGGAAAACUGAUAAGAUCGUUUAAGGAACCAACAUCCCAAAAAACAACGACAUCCAAAUUAAAUGUUGGCGAUUUAAAUUCAACCAGUAACAUAAAAUCCAAUGAUGUCAAUUCUAGUUUUAUAACUAGUGAAAAAUCCUCUUUCUUGAGUUCAGUUGAAGGAGCGGGUCAGUCUGAUUCUUUGACGUCCAAAACAUUACAGACUGUUUAUAAUAAACCGACAAUUAUGCAGGAAAGAUCACCAACAAACAAAAAACAACCAAACGAAACGUCGGAAAAAUCAAAAUCUACCACCACUGAAAGCGUGGACGAAGAAGGAUUAUCUGUGCGCAUGGUCGGAGGAAAACUAAUUAAAUCAUUUAAAGAGCCAAUCACUCAGAAAGUGACGGCAUCUAAAUUAAAUGAUAAUGAUAUUAGUUCUGUAUCAAAAAAUACCACUUCUAGCUUUUCAGAUCAUGCUCAGUCUUUUUCUAGUUCAAUCGAAGGAACUGACCAAUCGAACUUAACAUCUACUAGUACGUCUCAAACUACAUACAUAACAUCUCUAGAUAACAAGGACAUACCACUUACGAAACCAAAGUCUACAGAUAAUAAAGAGGAUAGGACAAAGACAACCACUGUCAAUGAUGACGAAGAAGGGUUAUCUGUACGCAUGGUCGGAGGGAAACUGAUAAAAUAUUUUAAAGAGCCGACGCCGCAAAAAAUGACGACAUCUAAAUUGAAUGUUAGCGAUUUAAGUUCUUCUUCUAACAUACAGUCCAGCGACGUCAAAUCUAGUUUUAAAAUUAGUGAAAAAUCAUCUUUCUCAAGCUCAGUCGAAGCAAACGAUCAGUCGAAUUCUUUAAUGUCCAAUACAUCACACAAUGUUUAUGACAAACCUACAGACAAGCGAGACAAAUCACCAACAAAAAAACAAUCAAAACAAACGACUGAAAAAACAAAAUAUACCACCACUGAAAGCGUUGACGAGGAAGGGUUAUCUGUGCGCAUGGUCGGUGGGAAAUUGAUAAAAUCUUUUAAAGAACCAACACCCCAAAAAAUGACGACAUCUAAAUUGAAUGUUAGCGAUUUAAGUUCUUCUUCUAACAUACAGUCCAGCGACGUCAAAUCUAGUUUUAUAACUAGUGAAAAAUCAUCUUUUUCGAGCUCAGUCGAAGCAAUCGAUCAGUCGAAUUCUUUGAAGUCUAAAACAUCACACAAUGUUUAUGACAAACCUACAGACAAGCGAGAUAAAUCACCAACAAAAAAACAACCAAUGGAAUCGACUGAAAAAUCCAAAUCUACCACCACUGAAAGCGUUGACGAAGAAGGAUUAUCUGUGCGCAUGGUCGGGGGGAUAUUGAUAAAAUCUUUUAAAGAACCAACACCCCAAAAAAUGAAGACAUCUAAAUUGAAUGUUAGCGAUUUAAGUUCUUCUUCUAACAUACAGUCUAGCGACGUCAAAUCUAGUUUUAUUACUAGUGAAAAAUCAUCUUUCUCGAGCUCAGUCGAAGCAAACGAUCAGUCGAAUUCUUUAAUGUCCAAUACAUCACACAAUGUUUAUGACAAACCUACAGUCAAGCGAGACAAAUCACCAACAAAAAAACAAUCAAAACAAACGACUGAAAAAACAAAAUAUACCACCACUGAAAGCGUUGACGAGGAAGGGUUAUCUGUGCGCAUGGUCGGUGGGAAAUUAAUAAAAUCUUUUAAAGAACCAACACCCCAAAAAAUUUCGACAUCUAAAUUGAAUGUUAGCGAUUUAAGUUCUUCUUCUAACAUACAGUCCAGCGAUGUCAAUUCUAGUUUUAUAACUAGUGAAAAAUCAUCUAUCUCGAGCUCAGUCGAAGCAACCGAUCAGUCGAAUUCUUUAACGUCCAAAACAUCACAAAAUGUUUAUGACAAACCUACAGUCAAGCGAGACAAAUCACCAACAAAAAAACAAUCAAAACAAACGACUGAAAAAACAAAAUAUACCACCACUGAAAGCGUUGACGAGGAAGGGUUAUCUGUGCGCAUGGUCGGUGGGAAAUUGAUAAAAUCUUUUAAAGAACCAACACCCCAAAAAAUGACGACAUCUAAAUUGAAUGUUAGCGAUUUAAGUUCUUCUUCUAACAUACAGUCCAGCGACGUCAAAUCUAGUUUUAUAACUAGUGAAAAAUCAUCUUUCUCGAGCUCGGUCGAAGCAACCGAUCAGUCGAAUUCUUUGAAGUCUAAAACAUCACAGAAUGAUUAUGACAAACCUACAGACAAGCGAGAUAAUUCACCAACAAAAAAACAACCAAAGGAAACGACUGAAAAAACAAAAUCUACCACCACUGAAAACGUGGACGAGGAAGGUUUGACUGUGCGCAUGGUCGGUGGGAAAUUGUUAAGAUCUUUUAAAGAACCAACACCUCAAAAAAUGACGUCAUCCAAAUUGUUUGUUAGUGAUAUUAAUUCUACCAGUAAUAUACAAUCCAGCGAUGUCAAUUCUAGUUUUAUAACUAGUGAAAAAUCAUCUUUCUCGAGCUCGGUCGAAGCAACCGAUCAGUCGAAUUCUUUGAAGUCUAAAACAUCACAGAAUGAUUAUGACAAACCUACAGACAAGCGAGAUAAAUCACCAACAAAAAAACAACCAAAGGAAACGACUGAAAAAACAAAAUCUACCACCACUGAAAACGUGGACGAAGAAGGUUUGACUGUGCGCAUGGUUGGUGGGAAAUUGAUAAAAUCUUUCAAAGAACCGACAAACAAAAAAUCAGAUCUUAAUACAACUUAUACCAUCGACAACUCUGUUCGUGGUUCAAGUAAAACUUCGGCGCUUUCUGUGUCAAACACAGUGUAUGAACAGUCUACGAAUGUGGCUGACGUUACAAGAAAAAUACAUACUAGUAAAGAUAAUAAACCGAAAACGGUUGGCGGCAAACCAGAGAAGACUAUGAAAGAACCCGGCAAUAGACCCCGUAAGUCCAAUGAAGGUCCUUUGGGUCCUUCUAAUAGUAUUACUGAAAUCAUACCAUUUCCAUCAAAUUCGACAGAUAUAUUAGUCGACGACACAAAUAUUGUUCGAAGUGUUUAUUAUGAUGCCUCGCUACAGUCAUUCGUUGAAUCUCAUCAGUUUGUGGAAGAAUCCGUCGUGCAAGGUUUCCAAAUAACUUCAAACACUGCCGAAUACUAUUCGGACACACCUACGAUAAAUCGAAAUUACACCGAUACAACUGUAAUUCAAGAUGUGACAGAUUUUACAUCCACAUCGAGUCAUAUAGACAGUAACAUGGUGUCCGAAUCAGUAUCGCAAAAAGCAUCAGUCAAUCAAAUGGCGAAAAGUUACGAAAACCGAACUUCAUCAGCACAAAAUAUCAGAGAAAAAAAUCUUGACAAGAGUACGACCAAAAGUAAACAGAAAGAAAAAGAGACAGUCACAAAGGAGCAAUGUAUUUGCGAAAUUUGUACUUGUGGGCGACAUCGUUGUACGCAUACACCGGGAACAGAUGGAUCUCCAUUGAAUUUGGAGCCUACGCCUGUACCAAAAUUGUCGAGUUCCAACGAACAAUAUCAACCAAUACCUCUUGAACGCAUUGAAAGACCUACUUUGCACAGACUUAACACGGAACUAACGCUCAAUGAAGGGAAAAUUGAAAGCAUCACGGCUUACCGGUCAGAGUACGAAGAGAAACACGCAGACCGCCAAACUCGUUACAAAUCGGUUGAUCAAAUUCAGCUCGAAGGUGAUUACGCUCCACAAAGGCACAAUGAAUACCCUGGAACUCCAGGUGACCGUUUUGCACCCCGCAGACCGCAAGAUAAUUUAAAACCCGAAGGAGAAUUCGAAAGGCCCGAAGCGCAAAAGUAUGGGCCCGGGGAAAGAGCACCGAUAAUCAAGCAUCCGGAUAACUUAAGACCCGAAGGUAAAUUUGAAAGACCUGAACGGCCCAAGGUGGAAUCGGUGGAACGUCCGAAACAGAUUAAGCCAACUGAUAAUUUAAAGCCAGAGGGCGACUUUGAAAGGCCAACGAAACCAAAAGUAGUACCAGCUGAUCGUCAAAAACCGUUCAAGCCAAAAGACAAUUUACAACCCGAAGGAGAAUUCGAUAGGCCGACUCAAGCCCAGCAUGGACCUGGUGAACGAGCGCCAAUAGUUAAACACCCUGAUAAUUUAAAGCCAGAAGGGGACUUUGUUAGACCUACACCUAAUAAGUAUGCACCCGGCGAUAGAGCCCCAAUAGUUAAACACCCUGAUAAUUUAAAACCUGAAGGAGAAUUCGACAGACCAAAACCGCAGGAAGCGCCGAAGCCAGGAGAAAGGGCACAUAUGAAAAAACCAGAUGACAACUUACAUCCCGAAGGACAAUUCUACGGAGAAAGGACAGUGACUAAGUUUGUAAAAGGAGAAAGAGCCGAAGUUCGUCGUCACGAAGAUCACUUAAUAAUUGGUGGAGAAUUUACAGAUGUCACCACUCAGAAAAUAGAAUUCACUGGUGAAACAUCCGAAAGGCCCAGAAUGAUACGCCGUAAUACAUGGACAAAGCUUGAAGGGGAUAUCUUGGCGGUGCCCAAAAAUACAGAAGAAUAUCCUGAACGAACUAUCGUCAAACAAGAAAAAGGUAAAAAAAAAGUUGAUACAUUAAAUAUAACUACCGGCGAGUUUUACUCAAACACAUCAUCUAACGAUACAUAUCAGAGGCAUGAUGUAAAGAGAACAGAUAUAAUAAAAAAGAGAAGUGAUAAUUUAAUUUGCGAGGGAGAUAUGUCAUUUGAGACUUCAAAGACAUCUGAAUAUACUCCAAAAACUACAGAAAUCGAAAAACCCGUCCGAAGACGUACAUGGACAAAACAAGAUGGAGAAAUAUUCUUUCAAACGACAUCUUCAGAAGUAUUUAAACAACACAGUAACACUGAUAUAAGACAUCAAGUCAUAAAACACAAAGAUAACUUGAAAAUAGAAGGUACAUUUGAUGACACAACACACUCUAAACAAAAUUAUAAAAGUGUUAAAACUGAAAAACCAAAACAAAUAAAGCCGGUUGAUAAUUUGAAACCCGAGGGCGAAUUUGAUAGACCUACAAAAGAUAAAUACAGACCAGCAGAUAGACCAAAACAGAUAAAGCCACAAGAUAAUCUCAAGCCUGAAGGAGAUUUCCAAAGGCCAGAACAUAAAAAGGUACAAAAGGCCGACAAACGAAAACCUAUUAAACCAACGGAUAAUUUGAAACCAGAAGGUGAGUUUGAAAGGCCAAAACAAAAAGAAUAUGAAACAGCAGAGAGACCUAAACAAAUUAAACCAUUUGAUAAUUUGAAACCAGAAGGAGAAUUCGAACGCCCUGUGUAUGAAAAGUUCGAACCAGGUGAACGACCAUCACCAUUUAAACCAACGCACAAUUUAAAACCAGAAGGAGAUUUUGAAAAACGUGUUCCUCAAAAGGUCGGUCCUGGAGACAGGGCUCCAAUUGUUAAACCUAAAGAUAACUUAUACCCAGAGGGUGAAUUCCAACGUCCUAUACCAGAAGAGUUCCAACCAUCUGAAAGACCAAAACAAGUGAGGCCGCAUGAUAAUUUGUAUCCUGAAGGCGAAUUUGAAAGGCCCGAAUAUAAAGAGUUUACACCAGCUGAACGCCCUAAACAAUUUAAACCCUACGACAACCUUAAGCCUGAAGGGGAAUUCGAACGACCUGUACAUGAAAAGUUCAAACCAAGUGAACGCCCAACGGCAUUCAAACCAACGGACAAUUUGAAACCAGAAGGAGAUUUUGAAAAACGUGUUCCUCAAAAGGUCGGUCCUGGAGACAGGGCUCCAAUUGUUAAACCUAAAGAUAACUUAUACCCAGAGGGUGAAUUCCAACGUCCUAAACCAGAAGAAUUCCAACCAUCUGAAAGACCAAAACAAGUGAGGCCGCAUGAUAAUUUGUAUCCUGAGGGUGAAUUUGAAAGGCCCGAAUAUAAAGAGUUUACACCAGCUGAACGCCCUAAACAAUUUAAACCCUACGACAACCUUAAGCCUGAAGGGGAAUUCGAACGACCUGUACAUGAAAAAUUCAAACCAAGUGAACGCCCAACGGCAUUUAAACCAACGGACAAUUUGAAACCAGAAGGAGAUUUUGAAAAACGUGUUCCUCAGAAAGUCGGUCCUGGAGACAGGGCUCCAAUUGUUAAACCUAAAGAUAAUCUGUAUCCAGAGGGUGAAUUCCAACGUCCUAUACCAGAAGAGUUCCAACCAUCUGAAAGACCAAAACAAGUGAGGCCCCAUGAUAAUUUGUAUCCUGAAGGUGAAUUUGAAAGGCCCCAAUAUAAAGAGUUUACACCAGCUGAACGCCCUAAACAAUUUAAACCCUACGACAACCUUAAGCCUGAAGGGGAAUUCGAACGACCUGUACAUGAAAAAUUCAAACCAAGUGAACGCCCUACGGCAUUUAAACCAACGGAUAAUUUGAAACCAGAAGGAGAUUUUGAAAAACGUGUUCCUCAAAAGGUCGGUCCUGGAGACAGGGCUCCAAUUGUUAAACCUAAAGAUAACUUAUACCCAGAGGGUGAAUUUCAACGUCCUAAACCAGAAGAGUUCCAACCAUCUGAAAGACCAAAACAAGUGAGGCCGCAUGAUAAUUUGUAUCCUGAGGGCGAAUUUGAAAGGCCCGAAUAUAAAGAGUUUACACCAGCUGAACGCCCUAAACAAUUUAAACCCUACGACAACCUUAAGCCUGAAGGGGAAUUCGAACGACCUGUACAUGAAAAGUUCAAACCAAGUGAACGCCCAACGGCAUUUAAACCAACGGACAAUUUGAAACCAGAAGGAGAUUUUGAAAAACGUGUUCCUCAAAAGGUCGGUCCUGGAGACAGGGCUCCAAUUGUUAAACCUAAAGAUAAUCUGUACCCAGAGGGUGAAUUCCAACGUCCUAAGACAGAAGAAUUCCAGCCAUCUGAAAGACCAAAGCAAGUAAAGCCUCAUGAUAAUUUGUACCCCGAGGGAGAAUUCCAGAGACCAAUUCCAAAUGAGUAUCAACCAUCAGAGAGACCUAAACAAAUUAAACCAUUUGAUAAUUUGAAACCAGAAGGUGAAUUCGAACGCCCUGUACAUGAAAAGUUUAAAGCAGGUGAACGCCCAACGGCAAUUAAACCAACCGACAAUUUGAAACCAGAAGGAGAUUUUGAAAAACGUGUUCCUCAGAAGGUUGGUCCUGGAGACAGGGCUCCAAUUGUUAAACCUAAAGAUAACUUAUAUCCAGAGGGUGAAUUCCAGCGUCCCACGCUAGAUAAAUUCCAGCCAUCAGAAAGGCCAAAGCCGGUCAAGCCGCAGGAUAAUUUAUAUCCGGAGGGUAAAUUUGAAAGACCAUUACAUCAGACAUUUACUCCUGCAGAACGUCCUAAACAAGUUAUACCCAAAGACAACCUAAAACCUGAAGGAGACUUUGAAAAACGCGUACCUCACUUGGUCGGUCCUGGUGACAGGGCACCAAUUGUUAAACCAAAAGAUAAUCUUAAAUCUGAAGGCAAGUUAGAUACUUCUUACUUAAAAAAUAAAUCGGAGGUAUCUGUUGGGGAGAGAGCUGUAGUUCAUGUUCACGAAGACAAUUUAAAAAUGACUGGAGAACAUCAUUUUUUGAAGAAAGAUGAUUAUGUGGCAAAAACCGUGGCACGGUCUGAAAUAAUUAAAAGAGAAGAUAAUUUAAGAAUGGAAGGUGAGUUUAUUGAUACACACAGAAGAACUGAUUUUUCUGCUUCAAAAGGCGUACGAUCUGAAGUGGUGCGACAUGUUGAUAAUCUUAAAAUUGAAGGAGAAUUUGUAGAUAUGAGAUCUAGAAACGAUUUUAUUAAACAUGAUGUUAAAAAAGUAUCUUCGAUUGUUAAACAUGAAGACAAUCUUAAACUUGAAGGUGUAUUUGAAAAAAGGGUGCUUCAAAAAACCGGACCAGGUGAUCGAGCUCCAAUGAAAAAGCCUAUAGACAAUCUUAAACCAGAAGGUAAAUUUGAAAGACCUACUCCAGAUCUAUAUAUGCCUGGAGAGAGACCUCAGCAAGUUAGACAUCCUGAUAAUUUGAAACCAGAAGGGGAUUUCGAAAAAAGGGUUCCUCAAAAUGUUGGACCCGGUGACCGAGCGCCUAUAGUUAGGCCUAUAGAUAAUCUUAAACCUGAGGGAGCAUUUGAAAGGCCUUCUCCGGGUUAUUACAUGCCGGCCGAGCGUCCUCAACAAGUUCGGCAUCCUGAUAAUUUAAAACCAGAAGGUGAUUUUGAAAAAAGAAUCCCUCAUAAAGUUGGACCUGGAGAUCGAGCUCCAGUUGUUAAGCCAAGAGAUAAUCUUAAACCAGAAGGCAAAUUUGAAAGGCCAUCACCCGAUCUUUACAGACAUGGUGAACGUCCCCAACAAAUUAGACAUCCUGACAAUUUAAGACUGGAAGGUGAUUUUGAAAAAAGAGUUCAUCAUAAGGUCGGUUCUGGCGAUCGUGCUUCUGUGGUUAGGCCUAAAGACAACCUUAGGCCAGAAGGUAAAUUUGAAAGACCUUCUCCAGAUCAAUAUAGUCCUGGGGAGCGGCCUCAUCAAGUUAGACAUCCCGAUAAUUUAAGACCAGAAGGAGAAUUCGAAAAAAGAGUUCCUCAAAAGGUUGGCCCUGGUGACCGAGCUCCUAUAGUUAAGCCUACAGAUAAUCUGAAGCCAGAAGGGGAAUUUGAUAGGCCUACUACAAGUCAGUAUAAACCAGCAGAGCGGCCUCAACAAGUUCGGCAUCCUGAUAAUUUAAGACCAGAGGGUGACUUUGAAAAACGGGUUGUACAAAAAGUGAACGUCAGUGAACGUGUUCAGGGAAAGAAACCACAAGACAAUUUACGUAUGGAAGGAGAGUUCGAAAAACGAGAAAAACUGUUUACAGUCCGCAAAGUGGAACAAGCAGUUAUCAGAAAACAUGCUGAUAAUUUAAAAUUGGAAGGUGAAAUGCAUUAUGGUGUUAACUACAACCAUUCUGAACAAAAUAAAAUUGAUAGUGGAGUUGUUCAACAUCAACAAGUUCACACUACUAAUACUAAUGCAGUAUCUCAAACUUCUGUACAUAAACAGCAACAUAGCAUUAUAAACAGUAGGGCCCAUAUAGAAUCUCAGAUUUCUCUAAACUGUGAUGAACGAAAUUUAUCCGAAAACCGAGUAGCUCAACAAGGUCAUUUGCACGCCAGUAGUGAAAAUAUUCAAAACAGUCGUAAUUUAAAUGAACUUGCAACAAAGCAAUCUUCAGAUGAGACUUUUAGAAAGAGUUUAAAAUCUGAAGAACACGUCGGAAAAGUCGAAAGAAAAAAAUGGGAAACUGUACAAAAAAGAGAUUACUUACAAAGUUCAGUUACUAAUUUAAAUUCAUCUAGGCAGAUGUCUUCUUCAAGACAGCACCUUCACAAAAUAGGAGAUCAAAGAUAUGCCGAUGAUAACAUAAGUCACCAGUAUGAUCAGAAUCUCCAUAAGUCAUCGCAACACCUUCAUAAUUAUAAUCGGACGUCAAGAUCAUCGAAUGAAAAUAUCUCGUCCUCUUCCAGAAAUGAGGACUACUCCUCACUUCGGCCGAAUAAUUCGAACCAAAGUAGUACGCAGUAUGCAUCUCAUAACCUAUUUGGCAAUAAUAAAUACCAAAUGUCAAACUCGUCCACUAACCAGUCCAGCCAUCAAAAUACAAGUGGUCGUAUAGAAAGUAACGGUCGUGUAUCGUCUUCACAAACAUCUUCUUCCAUAAGUAAAGAUCAAGUUCGUCGCCCUGAAAGUUUUGUUAUCGGUAUAUCUGAUACAAAGUCUCAACACGCUAACCGGAAUACUUCGUCUAUACAGAAGAGUUCAAACCAGUCAUCAACGAGCCAAUACAAUCAGUACACGGCGAAAGCUGAAACAAGCGGGCAGCUUACAAGUAGUGGAAGCAAGACGUAUGAAUCGAGUUUAAGAGAUAAUCAAUCAUCAAGAACUAAUGAGCUACUUAACAAAAAUGAUAGGUUCGGUGGUAGCCAAAGUCAAACAAACAGUCAAGUUAUCCACGGCAGAAGCAACGUACACGAAUCCAGUUCAAGAGAUAGCCGAUCGUCAAAAACGAAUGAACUGUUCAGCAAGAACGAUCAAAGGCAAAGUCACAUGGACACCGGUUCCAAUAAUUUCGAAAUGCAUUCGUCUCAACAAAAAUCUGAAAACACCUCGAAGCGAGCAUACGAAGUAAAGAGUUACUCUACGGCUACAUAUAGGAAAUCGUUACACAGCACUAGCUCGAACGUACUGAAUCUUGAUUCUGUAGCCACGGACCGUAGAAAUUACAACGACGAAUCACAUCACCGCAAGUCGGUCAUCAGUUCCAAUACCGAUUUAAGCAAUAAGAUUUUUCACCGCAAAGGUGACGUAACACACGUCGAAGCGCCGCAUACGACUUCAACAGCCGCUGCUGCACAAAGAAAAAGCAUCAACACGUUGGAUUCUGGCUUGGUAGCAGUUGCCCAGGACAACCGAAACAGUCUUAGUUCUUUGCACAGACAUGAGCGGGUUACCAGAUCAUCGAAUAGGUCUCAUAUAACAUUGGGCGAUUCAUCAAUGGAGUCGAGCACAAGCCAUUACAAGAACGAAUACAAGCCGAGGGUGACGGGACCGUGUCCCGUUCCGUUAAUCGAAAGAAACCAGGCUCCGUUUAGGCACACUAGGGACACGAAAACCCAUAAGUUCUACAAACACACAACCGAUACAGACGGAGAUCGUAAAUGAAUAUUUUUUACGAAUCAACAAUACAUUUGUACUCGACGAUUACGACAACGAGAAAUGGAAUAAAACACAUUAUUGUAUUUUACUAAAUUACUAUAUAAAAUUUAACUAUUAUAAUAUACAUACAUUUUUAUCGACCCAUUUAUACUGUUAUAUUACUCUUAUAGUGCUAUGUAUAUUUUUAUAUUUUAAAACGUACAACUUGGGCUAUCCUAUAUAUUCUAUACUAUUAUUUUUCCCUCAAACCUUAAGUGUUUUUACUUUUAAAUUAAAAAAUAUAUAUAUGUUACAGAUUACUUACGUUAAAUAUAUUCAAACGACUUUAAUUUUAUAAUUUGUUUUAGGUUUUAUUUAAACUGUUCAUAUCAAUAAACUUUUGUAACUUCAAAAAAAAAUGUUAUAUCAACAUUAAUAUUAGUUAUAAGUGAUAAAAUAAACAUGUACUUUUGAACUUGAUCAAAUUAUAUUAUUAACACAUGCAUAUUAUAUAUACUUUGUCGCUUGGGUCAAGAAGGUCUAUUGUCACAUUUUACCUAAAUGAGUUUGAUCAAACAAAAUUAAGUUUAUCCUUAUGUUUUGUAAAAAAAAAAGGACACUUACUAUAAAAGUUGAAAAAGUUUUAAAGAUAUUAAGUUUAUUUGCGGUAGCUACGAAAAGUGAUACUGGCCCUCCUUGACUCAAUCCUUUAAUUAGUAUAGACAAUAUUGUGUAAAGUUGUUAACGCAAUAAAAAUUAAUCUAUAAAACUAAUACACUUACAAUUAUAUAUAAAAAAAAUAGGUAAAUGACAAUGUGGUUCAAAGUCUUUAGACCAAAUUUAGUUGAUUGUUAUAAUAUUAUGUAGUAUUAAAAAAAAUAUUUGUUGAAUAUACCAACCUUAUUACGACAAUAAAUACAAAAAAAUUAAAUUUCAAAUCGUUUUUUAAUAUUUAUUUUAUUUUUAAAACUUUUAUAUCUGUGAUACUUAUCGAAUAUUUGAUUCAAUAAACA